AUGGCCACUCCUCAGGUUCACCAUCUAUUCCAUGCACCAAUUGCAGACCACUCGUUCUCAUCCGACAAGAAGACGCUUGCUGUCGCUCGGGAGAACAAUGUGGAGCUGUACCAACAAUCAGGCAACAAGUUUGCGCUGAGCGAUGAGCUCAAGGGCCACGAGAAGACCGUCACUAGUGUGGAUAUUGCUCCCAACAGUGGCCGAAUUGUCACUUGCUCGCAGGAUCGCAAUGCCUACGUUUGGGAGAAGACCGCCACCGGAUGGAAACCUACUUUGGUUCUUCUCCGAAUCAACCGUGCCGCAACAUUUGUGCGCUGGUCUCCAUCGGAGCAGAAGUUCGCCGUCGGCUCCGGCGCCCGAGUGAUUGCAGUUUGCUACUUCGAGGAGGAGAACGACUGGUGGAUCUCGAAGCAUAUCAAGAAGCCUAUUCGCAGCACCAUUACAACCCUGGCGUGGCACCCGAACUCCGUCCUGCUGGCAGCCGGAUCGACCGAUUCUCACGCUCGUGUCUUCUCGAGCUUCAUCAAGGGUGUUGAUACCCGCCCGGAGCCUAGUGCAUGGGGAGAGCGUCUUCCUUUCAACACUAUCUGUGGUGAAUACCUGAAUGACACUGCCGGUUGGAUCCAAGGUGUUGCCUUCUCUCCUAGUGGUAACGCGCUCGCCUUCACUGGACACGAUAGCAGUGUGACUGUCGUGUACCCCAGCGCUCCGGAGCAGCCCCCGCGGGCGAUGUUGAAUAUUGCUACCCGUUUGCUGCCCCUCAACAGCCUUAUCUGGAAUGGCGAGACUGAGAUCAUCGCAGCUGGACAUGACUGUGAGCCCUUCCGUUUCCGCGGAGAUGAGAAUGGAUGGCAACUUGCCGGUUCUCUGGAGAAUAAGGCUGGAGAAGCCCGGGGUGCCCGCGAGGAGUCUGCUUUGAACAUGUUCCGACAGAUGGAUCUUAAGGGCCAGGCCCAGGCGGACACCAAGCUCAAGUCUACCCACCAGAACACUGUGCACACCAUCCGGGCCCACGAUGAAGCCAACGGAGUUGUGAGCUCCUUCAGCAGAGUCUACCAACCCUUCCAAUGCCUCAACCACUGCAUCGACUUCCCUGAUCUAGAACUAAUAACCACCUGGAACACCGGCCCCCUCCUCUCAGACUCAUGCGGCUACAUAGCCCUCUCCCACCUCACAAACCGCAUUAUCCUCUCCUUCCGCGUGGGCCAUUCCCUCGGCGGCGCGGUCGCCGCACUCGCAGGACUAGAGAUGCGUUUGGCGGGGUGGGAUGUAAAUGUUACGACAUUCGGGGAGCCGAUGAUUGGGAACGCGGCGUUUGCGGCAUUUAUGGAUGAGCAGUUCGACGACGGUUUUCGGCGUGUCACGCAUGUCGGGGAUCCGGUUCCUUUGUUGCCGCUUGCUGAGUGGGGGUAUAGACCUCAUUCUGGGGAGAUUUUUAUUUCGAGGGUUGGACUGCCGCCACGCGUUGAGGAUGUGGUGCAUUGUGAUGGGGUGGAUGAUCCGGGGUGUAUUGCGGGGAGGGAGGGGGUUUUGGGUGAGUUGCAGGAUUUGAAUGUGCCUGCUGGUCCUGAUUCUGGGGAUGGAUGUCAGCCGAAUGGUGGUGAUGAAGACGUAUCUGGGGAGCAGGCGGUCUUGGGACGUCCUGAUGUUAGUUGUGAGGAUAGAUUCUCGCGGUGGGAUUGGUCUAUACCGGCGAGGUAUCGGCUUUGGGAACUGUUUUAUGCUCAUCGGGAUUAUUUUUGGAGGAUUGGUCUUUGUGUUCCUGGGGGAGACCCAACUGGAUAG